AUGGAUACAUUGGAAGAUUGUAUGAUUUCUUCACCAUUGCCAUGUGCGCAUUUGGUCAUUUCUGAUCAAUCCCAAAUGGAUUUUUAUUCCAUGAUACUAUCCUCUGGGCAAACGCACACAUCUAACAUGUCUAAUCGAUUAUUUUUGAAAGUGAUAGAAGAUAAAGAGAUGGACAAAAUGAAUAAUAAAGCAGUAAAUUGGUUGAAUAUGGAAAUUAACGAACCAACGUGUAUUAUAUGUUGCAGAGAUUGGCAGUCUUACAAGUUAGAACUUAAAGGAAGCCAAGAAUCUGUAUCUGAUUCAUCAUUAGUUAAUGUAAUACCUAACUCGGAUGCAUCGGAAGAUAAGACAACUCAAAAUGAGGAAAAGGUGGAAAUUAAAAUAAAUAAAUCUUUUAUAAUGAAGGGUACUCUUAAAAAUCUGGAAACUUUGAUAAAGGAAGACAUAGAAAAUUGCCUAUCAAUAUAUAAAGAAUCUAAUUUCAGAAAGAUGGUUCCAUGUAAAUUUUUAUUCUUGGUCUUGCUUAACGAAAAUUUAAAAAACCCAAACAAGGCCAUAGCGGGGCUGAAAAACUUGAAUCCAAAUGAGGUUGCAGCAAUAUGUGUAACAUGUGGAUUGUCAGAUAUAACCAUUAAACUCUCAAAAGUCGAACAACUUAUGUAUGAAAUUAGUUUAUCUUACUAUGAAAAGAAAGUACAUAAGUUAUCUAAGGUAUCAGUUGGUAUUAAAAAUAGAAUACAAACAAAUCCUAAUGAAACGGAUGAAAUAUACUUUGCCGCUACAAACUUUAAGAUGGGAUUCUUUUCCGAGUUUUUGUCUAAUAGCAAAGAUGCCCUUAAUAAGUACACUACAUGUUGGAAUAGUAUUAAAAACAUGAACAAGGAUACGAAUAUAAUUGACAAGGCAACUAUCGCUUUUUAUGUAUCACUGCGCAUGUUACACGGACAUUUUACAAAUUCAAACGUAAUAUCUGCUCUCGCACUUUCUUUUGAGAUAUUUGAAUAUAUGAAAGAUCUUCUAUACAUAAAAAACAAGGGUUUAUAUUACAACAUAAUGUAUUUGACAAACUAUGUAAUAGCUAGCAAAUUCGAGGAAUUAAGUAACUCGGAUGAUAAAAAUUACACGAGUCUCAUGCAACAUGCUGCUAACUAUUACAAAUGGACUCUACAAUUCCUUAUUCAACUCCGAAAAGUUGUGAAAACGCUAAUUGUUUCUAAUAGGGGACAUUUUAUCCCACAUAGAUUCGGACAAAUUUUUUUUUAUGAAGAUAUGGAUUUUGGUAACCUCUACUCUGAAACUUCGAAUGAAGAAUCUUUAAACUAUGGUAAUACUCUUGAUAUAAACGCUUCAGAAGUGUUCUUACUAGAAGAAACAGAGAGAUUAAUAGGAAAAUUAUUAAAAUGUUUCUCAAACUUUAUAUGGAAAAAUUCACUCUUGCAGAUAUACAGUCUCAUCGGCGACUCACUAUUUCUCUCUUACAAAUACAAAGAAGCAUUAAAUAUUUAUCUUAGUGUCUUUAGUAAUAUAAUGAAUCCAGAGAUUUUAGAAACAGAUGAUAUAUUGAAAGAAUAUAAGCAAUUAUCAGCUAAUAUGACAAAUUCCGAGCAUAGUAAAGGACGUUCUGAACUUGAAUAUAUAUAUUAUGUAAAUGCGCUGAUCAUUAGUGAAUGCUGCUAUAACAGAAGUUGGAUAGCACUAUGUCUUACUCUCAUCUCCAAAAUAGUUGUUUCUUUGAGUAUAAUACUUUCUGAACGCACUAAAAUACCCUCAAUUAUCUAUGAUAUGGCAGAUAUUGACGGUGAUAUUGAUUGGUACAAAACAGAAAAUGAUAGUCUGAAUGUUUAUGAAACAAUUUUCAUCAAAAGUGUAAUAACUUUAAUUUCAUUAAAAUCCGAUUCUAGUGAAUUGAUAGAAUAUUUGCACAAAAUUAGUCUCACGAUUUUGAAUAACAAUAUAAAAUCAUUCGUAAUACUGAGUAAGACGCACCGGUCUCAAUAUACUUAUGCAUACUGUAAAUCGGAGGAAUGCAUUGAUAUUUUGAUAAAUUUCCGUCUGGAUUUUCCCUGUGAAGUAAUAACUAAUGAGGGACUUAUUGACACAACGCUCGGCGCAAUUACGUUUCACAUAACUGAAUACUCAAGUUUUGAUGACAUUGUCGUAGUCCAUGCAAAUUCUAAUGAAACACACAGAAAAGAGGUUACAUUGCCUAGAAACAAAAGUAUUAUUUUAUCCCUAACAUAUCCAUCUUCAUAUUCUAAGAAUGAUUUCAAAAUUUUUGGAUUAACAUUUAACUGGAAAAUAAACGAAAUUAUCAUUUUUUGCAUAGUAGCACCCAUAAGUCUUUAUAAUGGAAGUAUAAUUUACUCAAAAGGUAGAAUUAUGGGCGGUGAUAGUCGUGAUAAUAUUAAACUCGGCUUGAUAAGCAGUUCUAGCUGCGUUCCAACGCACCCUAAUAUUAUAUCAAAACGCAAUUAUUUAAAUCAAAGUAAUUAUAUCACGGAACUAACAGUGAAGUUAUUAGAAAUGAACAGUGUGAACUCUGGACUUGCGAAACUAGUUCUAGGUAAUGCAAAUAAUUUCAUCUUUAAAAAUAGCAUAAGGAUGAAAGUAGUUGUAGACACAGUUGUCAGAGGAUCUAUGGCUCCAAUAACCUUUGUAUUCAGCUAUGAUAAAAUCCUUAAAUACAUGUUUUCGGAUCUGAAAUUUUUUGUUGAAACAGAUAGCAAUGUUGAUAUAUGCGCAUUGACAGAUUUUUGUAAUAGUUCCAACAUAUACAAAUUAUGCAAGUCUAGAAUAAUUGAAUUUGUAAUGGAUAAUUUUAUAGAAUACUCAAAAUUGAUGCCAGGAACAUGUAAAUUUACAGACAAUGAGUUUUCAUCGGGAUCUGUAUUCUCUGUAUCCGUGGAAGAUAAUAUAAAACACUUUUUUUUUAAGGAUAGUAAACAAGAACAAUCUAUAGUUUGUAUAUUUGGCCUAAUAAAAAUACCAACAUCUGGGAACAGCGAUAUAAAUUUCACUUUUUGUUGUCAGGAAAAUAAUGGUACGAACUCACCCAAUGAAAAAAUAACUAUUGCAAAAGAACGUGUUAGUAUAUUGGUCCAUGAACCCCUAAAUGUUUCUCUAACGGUAAACAAUAUCUAUGAUAAUGAAAGUGGGAAAGAGCUAAAGUCAUUUUCCAUCGAUCUUGUUAACAACGCAUUCAUAAAAUAUGAAAUUCUCAGUGUAAAAUUAUUAAGUGGAAGUGUUAUUAUUUCUGAAAAUACUGAUCUAUUCGGAUUUGAACAAGCCAUUGAUUCAAACCAGAGACAACAACUUGUUUACAUCAAAUCAACAGAUAGGAACAUUGACAAGCAGUUUAGAGUGGAAGUCAUAUCAUCAAUAAUCUGCAACUAUGCGCAUCCUUUUGACUAUUUUAAAGAACACUGCAACAUCAUAACAAACGAAAGUUACGAGUGUGAAGAUGUGUAUGUCCAUGACAUAGAAGUAUAUAUUAAACACAACAGUGUAUCCACCUUAGGGGACACAUUUUAUAUGACAACAAUAAUAGAAAACAACUCAAACGAAAUGCAGGUAUGUGAAACUUUCAACAGUAACAGCUACCAUGACAGGAAUUACAAAUAA